GCUGCCAUGCGCAAUGGGUACUUUCGGUUUGUAGACAACAUUUCCUCAAGCUUUGCCAGAAUCAUGGCAGCUGCGGUUGACCGGUACCUCUUUGUGGCUGCGAUAGACUUUGGAACGACCUAUUCGGGAUAUGCCUUUUCCAGUAAAGAUGCUUUUGAAGAAGAUCCAUUGAAAAUAAGUACGAAUAGUUGGAACUCUGGUUCGGACUUAUCUUACAAAGCUCCGACAGCGUUGCUGUUAACACCAAAAAAAGAGUUCAAGUCGUUUGGUUAUACGGCUGAAACAGACUAUACCCAGAUGGCAGAAGAUGGGGCCGAUUUAAGCAAGCAUUAUUAUUUCCAUCGCUUCAAGAUGCUACUUCACAACAAUAAGAACCUAGGAAAGAAAACCAAAAUAACAGACGAGACUGGUAAAUCCUUUCCGGCAUUCGAUGUAUUCGUACAUUCGAUACGAUACCUCAAAGACCACGUGUUUCAUGCUAUUAAGAAUAGCUUCACAGAUCUGUUAGAGAAGGACAUGAAAUAUGUACUGACAGUUCCCGCCAUUUGGAACGACAACGCCAAGCAGUUUAUGCGAGAGGCAGCAGCCGAGGCUGGGAUAAAGGGAACCCAGUUGAUGAUCGCCUUGGAGCCUGAAGCAGCCUCCAUCUAUUGCCAAACCCUACCAUCAGAGACAGUUUACAACCGAACUUUCCUAAAAGCUGCAAAUUCUGGAUCAACUUACAUGGUAGUGGAUCUGGGCGGAGGAACAGCUGAUAUAACUGUUCACCAACGUCAAGGCGACAGAACCCUGAAGGAGUUACUGCCAGCCACAGGAGGGGCUUUAGGCGGCAAAAGUGUUGACGAUGAAUUCUGGAGAUUUUUAGGGCAAGUUGUUGGAGAGAAAAACUUGGCAUUGAUGAAAAAAGAAAGUAUGGAAGACUAUAUAGAUUUAAGCAGGCAAUUCGAAACAAAGAAACGUGAAAUAACUGUUGAAGGGGAACGAAACGUCUUGUUCACACUACCAGUGACCUUACUUGAUAUCAUCAAAAGGGACAAACAGAGACAAACUAUAGAAAAAGCCAUUCAAAUCAGCCCAUUCUCUCAUACUGUAGAACUGAAAAGGAAAAAACUGUCGAUCAACGUCGGACAAUUCCGUGGACUGUUCUCGAAGACGAUCAACGGAAUUUUAUCCCACAUGGAAACCAUCCUGUAUAAACACAAGUUUAAACAUAUCCAACACAUUUUGAUGGUUGGAGGAUUUUCAGAAUGUCUACUCUUACAAAGCGCAAUUAGAAAAAGACUUAAUCAGAAAGUAAUUGUCGUUCCAGACGAGGCUGGCCUUGCUGUCCUCAAAGGUGCGGUGUUGUUUGGACAUACUCCAAGGGCUAUCAGCUGUAGGGUAGCCCGAUAUUCUUACGGCACCCAAAGCUGGCCUACAUUUAACCCGAAUGUACAUCCAGAAAAGAAGAGAGUUGUGAUAAACGGAGUAUCUCGAUGCAAGGACGUAUUUUUCAAGUUCAUCGAGGCUAACCAGGAGCUCGUCCCUGGACAUCGAGAGUCACAAGUCUUCCAACCACUCAAUUUGACCGAAAAUUUUCUCGAAUGUACUGUGUAUGCCUCCCCUCUGGUUGAUCCUAUGUUUACAGAUGAAGAUGAUUGUAUCGUCUUGGGAGUUCUGAGGAUUCCUCUUAAUCCCAAAAGGAAGAAGAAUUUGAAGAUAGAAGAAACUCUGAUAUUUGGAGAGACAGAACUUGCUGUGCAAGCAAGAGAUAUCGAGACUGAGGAAAUCUACGAGACACAAUUCAAUCUUCUGAAGGACGGGACAUAGUUAUAGACUGCUGCAUACAACGGAGGAGGUGAAAUUGAGACAAAUUGAAGACAAUGGAGACAACUUGACCUUCAAGAAUCAAUGGAACAAGUCUGCGUUUUGAAUGCAAACGUAAUACAAGUUUUCUGCAUUCAACAACCAUCGUUAGGAGACAUUCACUUUGAAUGUCCAGGACGCUGACCCAUGACUUGGAAAACAAACACAACUGUUCACAUAGCACUUUUCAAUAUGAAAUAUGAAAGUUGUGAAAUGAGUUUCGGAAUGCAGUCUUCAGGAGUUUAGAAGACUAUGUCUUACGAAUUAAAACCCAAUGAGUGCACAUGAAGAACAUUCAAACAAAAGAACAAAGCAGUUAAAAAUAAAUAUAAAAAUAACAAGUAUUGUUAUGAAAUGCAGAAAAAACGGAAAGAAAAACUUGUCAGUUCCGAAUACAUCUCUCUUGAAUUUGUACAUGUGUAUUCGAUAUAGAAAACACAUUUUUUGUAUAUGCACCACGUGCACAUCGUUAAAGUAAUAUCAAACUUGUAUAACGUAAUGUCACUCAAAGUAAUAAUAGGUUGUUUCACAUUACCGACACGAAAGAGAACACGAUGUGCAAAACCAACACAGAGUACAGCCAUUCCGGAGUGAUUGUAGCCAAACUCCGAACGGUAUAUCUUUGCAACAAACCUCUUGGAAGUUCAUGAUGCUACGUUUGCGUACGUGACAAAAGCCGUUUCCCUUCAGGUACGGCAGUUGACUUGACCCAAUGUGUAAAUUUUGUGUAGUUUGGACCACAUACAUAAUGUAUAUUAGGGUUGAGGCUAAUUUUACUAUUUCUGUGAUCAUUGUCACAGACAGUCGUGCCGUCGCAUCGGUUCGUCAUGACAACGGGACAGAUUAAUUGUCGGUGAAUUGAAAAACGUUGUGACUAUUGUGUGUGUUUUUGGUGCUUAAUUUUAGAGAUCAUCUACACACAUGCAAUUGAUUGUAAAUAAACUGCACUUGUAUGAUCGUAAUUCAACAUUUUAUCAUAAAUAUAAUUGUAUUUGUGAAAAUGUAUGAUUACAAUUGAUAGGGAAUUCGAAUAUUUAAAACCUGUAUCAAAUGCGGCAAUACGGGUUCCUUUUACAUGUCUUUUUCGCAAAUUCUUAUUUUAAAUAUUUAUUAACC